AUCGAAGAAUUUUGAGAAAUACUUUUCCUAAAUAUAGGUAUAGGAUAAAAAUUUCCGAUCUUAGGAAAAAAUUCGUUGUUCUUAAAAAAGCGACAGUUCAGUCUUGAGUACGAAAGGAGCAUUUCUCUGUAGAGGUACAUCAUCAAGAGAGGGUAUUUUGUUUUAUGUAUUUUGUUUUGUCUCCUCUAUUACACAUUUCGCUGUCUUAAUACAAAAUACAACACGCGAGCUGGACAUACGGCCGAUUGAUAAUAAGAAGGAAAAGUAGGACUGCAUAUACGGUAUAAAUCGAUUUGUUCCGAACAAUGUGUUUCUGUGACGGCAUUGUCAACGGUUGAUGGUGCAGUUGUGAAAUAUAUGAACAAAUUGGACUGUUCAAUAAGUUCGCGCCGUGAAGAAUGUUGAGAGUGGUGGUGGCGAAAUAAAGUCUAGCAGGCGAUAAUAAGGCCACAUUGAUAACUCCAAGUACAUACGUAUAAAUGCGACGCGUGUAUAUAUAGCAGCAAGUUCUCUCUUGAACGUCGAACGAGUCCUUCGUGCGUUGUGCUUAUCAAGAUAUUCAGAAGCGACUUGGCACAAGCGGAUCACGGCUGAAGACUAAACUUGUUUCGAAUUUCCGUUGAAAAAUCAUGGCUAAGGACAAUCUCUCUGCUAUACUGUAUGGCAUCAACGAUUUACGCCUGGAAAACACGAGUAUCGAGGAACCAGAAGACAAUGAGGUGCUUCUUGAAAUGGGAUGCGUAGGAAUCUGUGGGUCGGACAUUCAUUAUCUUGUCAAUGGCAGAAUUGGCGAUUUCAUAGUGAAGAAACCUAUGAUCCUUGGUCAUGAGUCCUCUGGAACUGUUGCCAAACUUGGAAAAAAUGUUAUGAAUUUAAAGAUCGGUGAUCGCGUUGCUAUUGAACCUGGCGUGCCUUGCAGGAUAUGUUCACAUUGUAAAGAGGGACGUUAUAAUCUGUGCAAAGAUGUUGUCUUUUGUGCAACUCCGCCUGUGCACGGCAACUUAAGACGUUUCUACAAACAUGCAGCUGAUUUCUGUUUCAAAUUGCCCGAUCAUAUAAGCUUAGAAGAAGGAGCGCUUUUAGAGCCAUUAUCGGUAGGAGUACACGCUUGUAAACGGGGCGAGGUCGGAAUCAGUUCUAAAGUAUUAAUUCUGGGAGCUGGUCCGAUUGGUUUGGUGACCUUGCUGGUAGCCAAAGCCAUGGGUGCGAAGAAAAUAGUUAUCACAGAUAUCUUGCAAAGUAGACUGAACAUAGCGAAGAAACUUGGCGCCGACGUCACGUAUCUGGUGCAAAAGGAUAGAUCGGAGGAGGAUACAGUGACUGAUAUUCAUGCAAUUUUUGAGGGUGAACCUAACAGAACGAUAGAUGCAUCCGGCGCACAAUCCUCGAUUCGUUUAGCGAUUCUUGCAACCAAAUCUGGUGGAGUCAUUGUGUUAGUGGGAAUGGGUGCUCCAGAAGUACAAAUUCCACUAAUAAACGCUUUAAUAAGAGAAGUUGACAUCAGAGGUGUUUUCCGAUACGUAAAUGACUAUGGCGAUGCAUUGGACCUUAUUUCGUCUGGCAAGAUAGACGUGAAGUCGUUGGUCACUCAUAAUUACAAGCUAGAGGAAACCAAGCAAGCAUUUGAGACCUGUAGAACUGGAGCAGGUGGAGCUAUCAAAGUUAUGAUUCACUGUAAAUAAACGAAUUACAGUAAAUACAAUUAUAAAUCUCUGCGAGAAAUAUUACGCGAAAGGUUUUAUAUUAUGCGUCAUUUUAAACUGAAUUUAGUUAUGUAAGUAAUCUUCUUAAUCUCUUUGAUGUUUGAUUUAAUUAAGGUAAAAAAAUGGAGAAAUGGAAAAUAAAUAUUUAAAUAUUGA